GCCGACACAAUUUCACCGCGAAAUUUCGAGGACGAAUUGAAUCGGGAUAUCGCGUCUCCUCCCGAUGCGCCAGCUGCACCAACAGGCAUGAGUGCUGACCCGAAUCUGCGCCUGAUUUGGAUUGAAGCACUUGAUCUUCGUGAUUUGCAAGAUCGCUCUGAACAAGGCGAAUUUCUUGUUUUAAGGAAACUUCUCGGUAUUGAUGUUAGUUUUCCAGUAACACUGCAAUGUUUAAUUUAUGUCUGCUUCAUUUCUCCUCAUAGUUGUGGUCAUAAAGAAGAAGGCAGACACAGGAAAUACAGUUCGUAA